AUGUCUCUGAAGGGAAAUAGGUACACAGACGAUGACGUCAAAGUUGUCAUGCGCCAAACCAAUCGAUGGCUGCAAGAUCUGCACAACACUUCCGUAGAGCAGGUGGUCGACUUUGAUUUAUUUGCUGUGUUCAUAAUGCAGGAAAUGGAUGAUGAGCUUCACAUCCGUAAACUUGUCAACAUGCUCAUUGUUACGUUUUUUGACACUGGAAAGCCACAAACAACUCGGCAAAACCAACUCGUUCAGGCAGCUUUGGUUGUCAGGAAGAAGAUCGAGAAGUAUGAUCUGGAGAUCAAAACCAACCCAAGCUAUCCAAAGCCGUAUUGUCUCAGGUACCCCACGCUUCAAGACGUUCGAGCUAGGUCAGCACAUUUGGAAAGUCGAUGCAUGGUAUUGGAUGAUGAGCAGAUGGUGAUUUUGCUGGAUGAGAAUCGGAUUUGUGUUGGGAUUGGACUUCCGCCUUUUCCCACUAGUCAAGGUAAUCCUGUUCAUAUUUCCCACGAAACAAGGGCAUUAGAGUGUUUACGGGACAUGGUUGCCAAGCCAGUCUGCAAGUUAGAUGUUGGCCAACUUCCACCCUUUUUUGUUGCCCAAACCCUUGAAGGCUCACCACAAACCCCAUUUCCACUGGACGACAAGAACAAAGGGAAUUUCCGCACCUGGUGA